AUGGAUUCGUCUGGCUCCCAGGAAAAGAAAUCCAUCCCCCGCUUCGCCAGCUUCAAGCCGCGGCCAGCACCUCCGUCCGAAGCUGAUCGGCCGCCCGGGCGCCCCAGUCGCGACACCUCCGACCGCGAUGUGAAGUCUAGCCACCACUCGAGGCAUCGGUCGAGACAUAGCAGCCAUCAUGACCGUUCUAGGUCCCGAGAACGUCGUAGGAGCCAUAGGGAGCAUCGGUCCUCUCGAAAAGAAGCAAGUCAUCGCCGCCGAGAGCCCACCCCCGAAUAUCCAAGAGCAUCCACAUCGACCCGCACCGUGAAGCAACCGCCCGAGGAAGCCUCGGAUUUGUAUGUUAUAGAUAGCAAGGGCGAUCGCUACAACCUCAUAUAUGGAACGUUACAUCGAUAUAGCGUUCCACAAUAUUAUCGCGUCGGUCGGGGCAACGUCUUGGGAUUGCCUUCCAGCUAUAAGAUCGACCGGGAAAGCGCUGUUGAGGACGUGUUAAUCGUCACGAACGAGAAGAAAGAGGGAAAGUCAAAGAAGAAGGCGAAGAAUCUGCUCGCAGGUCUAGACAAGGGUAGAUCCCGACUACUUCGAAUACGGCCAGAAUCGCUGGUGGAUGCAGCCGCAGAAACGUCACGAGACUACAUUUCCCUGAGUGUGUCUAAGAAUGGGAAGCAUCUGGAUCUGUUAGAAGUCGACUCGGAUGAUGACAAACACGCGUAUCGGUCGAUUCACGGCAAAGCUAAGCCAGAGGAUUACUUGCCCAGUGAUGUUGAAGCCGUGUCCGAUACGGAUUCGGAUAAAGAGGGCGGCCGGAGUGACCCCGACCAUGAGAUCAAGCAGCGGAAUGCGGAGCUACUGCAGAUUGUCGAGAAACACCCUGAUGAUGUCUCCGCGUGGCUAACGCUUAUCGACCAUCAGGAGUCGCUCCUUCGAGGACCGGAGAGGGAAUUUGGCUCUUUGACAUACGCAGAAAAGAUGGGCUUAGCCGACAUCAAGCUAUCACUGUACGAGAAAGCACUGAAAAAGGUCGGACCGAGCCCUGCAAAGGAUCGCCUCCUGCUCGGCCUUCUCGAAGAAGGGGCAAAACUCUGGGACACUAAGAAGCUAUCGGCUCAGUGGCAGACGAUACUGAAAUCAAAUUCCGAGUACAUCAACCUCUGGAUCCGAUAUCUCGACUUUCGUCAAACUGAAUUUCUGGACUUCACGUAUGAACGGUGCCUUGCAACCUUUCUGGAGUGUCUGAGACUCAAUAAGUCUUCUUUCGACAAACCCGAGAAGACCCAGAUCCACUUUUAUCUGUUCCUUAGGUUGACAUUGUUCAUCCGGGAAGCUGGGUUUACAGAGCAUGCCGCGGCUCUCUGGCAAGGUCUUUUGGAGCUGACUUUCUACCGACCCGGCUCGCUUGAUGGAAGCAAAGGCCCAGAAGAGGUAAUACCAGCUUUUCUGGAGUACUGGGAGUCGGAGGUCUCCCGCAUCGGAGAAGUGGGCGCCAAAGGGUGGAAGAACGAGGGAAAUGUGCUGCGAAAUGCGAAUUCCAGCGAAAAGCUUCAAUUUCAACUGAACCCAAAAGCCGUGUUUGCCUCCUGGGCACCGUCCGAACGGGAACGAAUCGUCAAUGCUCGGUUGCCAGCCCGCAGUAUUGAUGAUUCGGAGGAAGAUGACCCCUACAGAGUCAUCAUUGCACCUGAUCUCGAAGAGAUUCUGUCGCUGGCAUGGCAGUCAACGCCUGUAGGAGUGCUGAUUGAUAGCUUCUUCUAUUAUUCUCAUCUUCCACCCAUUUCGUCGGUUGACAAUUGGGGUACGACAAGUCGCUGGAACGGGGAUGGCUUCGUGCAGAACGAAUUUGCAAGCAAUUUUCAUGCAACGCUUGCGGAUUGGCUUCCUGGUGUGGCCGCUGACAUAGAGCCCACGGUCGCAUCUCCUAUGCUUUUCCCUCAUCAAAACUAUAUAAUUACGCUGGAUACUUUGUUUGCUGAUCCUGCUAAAUGGUUUUCUGCCCUUAAAACCUGGAGCGACGCCACUUCUAAUUCACAAUCCGAUGUCGACCCUGUGUGGGUUCGCCGAGCCGUCCGCUCGUUGAUAGAAGCGCAGCCUGAAGAUGAUGAUCUAGCCGAAUACGGUCUUGCUCUUGAACUUGCGUGUAAAAGCAAGGAUGCGAGAAAAUUCGCGAAAUCGCUGCUCAAGAAGCGAUCGUCUAGCCUGCGACUUUACAAUGCUUAUGCUCUGAUAGAGCGGCGCUUCGGCAAUCAAGCAGCUGCCGAUCAUGUAUGGGCGACUUCCCUCUCUAUGAGCAAGUCCUUCCCUGAUCGCGACAGGGUUGAUAGUAUUAUUGUGUGGCGCACCUGGAUUUGGGAGCUUCUCGACGCUGGAAAUGCGGCUCAAGCAUCUCAUCUCCUCCUUUCGAUGCCCCAGAAUAGCAUUGAUCUGAAGAUCCUUUCCGAUGCUUCCAGUCACCCGUCCUUCAGCCCGACAAGUUUGCUGAAGAUACAUAGUUACCUUUCAGAAGCACAGGAAAUUGGUCUUGCGAACGAGAAGCCUAUCGUCUUCAUGUCAUGCAUAGACUGCCUAGCUAUCCUAUCGUACCUCUCCAAUUCCCUCGAUCUAAGCAGGUCCCUGGAAUACUAUCACAAUGCAUUCGCCAGGCUAGCUGCCCUACCCGACCGGUCCAAGUCAUUCGCAAACUUCACGACCGAACUCCUCCAUCAAUCCCGGGCCCGACUUCUGUAUCACCACAUCCGCACAAGUGGCAUCUACAAACCCUCACAUAUCCGUUCCCUCUUAUCCGAAAGCAUAUCAGUGUCUCGCCACAACACCAUAUUCCUAUCCCUCUUUGCCUGGAACGAAUCCCGGUUCCGCAUUGAAGAGCGCGUUCGCGACACAAUACGGGACAUCACCAGCGUCGAUACCAACACAGACAAUCUCACAGCCGCUCCAGUCCCCAUAACAACACAUCUCUUUUCCAUAUACACCGAAAUCAAUCGUCCUACUUAUGCCGGAUCAACCAUGCACUCUGUCCGUGCGGCAUUCGAGAAAGCCAUUGGCGACACCAUCCACAAAGGGUCUAGCACCUCCACCGGCCACUCCAGUAUCACCAUCUGGAAGCUCUACAUCCUCUUCGAACUGUCUCGUAACGACAUUCAACGAGCAAAGAAUGUCUUUUACCGCGGGAUGCGCGCCUGCCCUUGGUCGAAGGAGCUUAUCAUGCUUGCGUUUACUCAUCUCCGGGCAGAUGUUAUCCGGGAGCAAUAUCCGCAGGAGAGUAGAAAGGGCGACGGUAUGGGAUUCGAUGAACUCAGGCAUAUUUAUAACGUGCUUGUUGAGAAGGGAUUGCGCAUUCAUCUGGAUAUUGAGAAUGAGCUGGAUGAGAUUGCGGUGGAGAUGGAGCGGAAGAGGAUUUCUUCGGGUUCAGGGUUGCCGAUUACUAUGCCUGAGGAUAAGGAUAGUGAGGAUGAGACGCAGAGUUAGUAUAACUGUAG